AUGUUUGAGUGUAUCAACGAGAACGAGUCCACAGUCGGGGUUGCCCUUCCGUUAUACUUUAUAGAGACUCUGAAGAGAGAGAACGAACUGUUUAGAAGCGCAAUGCAUCAGGAUGCCCAUGAGUUUCUAAACUUCCUCUUGAAUGAAGUUAUCGAGUCUUUGAACAAGAUGCUAAACGUCAAGAAGAAUGCAAUCCACGAUAUUUUCCAAGGCUUGUUGACCAAUCAAACGAAAUGUUUGACUUGUGAGAAUAUCACAAGCAGAGAUGAGACUUUCCUGGACUUGUCUCUCGAUCUGACAGAUUGUGAUGAUUUGGAGAGUUGUUUGAAACAGUUCUCCGAAAUUGAAAUGCUUACUGGAAGCAACAAAUUCUACUGUGAUAACUGUCAUUCGUUACAAGAGGCCCAAAAGAAGAUGGGGAUCCAGAAAUUGCCAAAGACUUUAGCACUCCAUUUGAAGAGAUUUGAGUACAGUGAGGAACAUAAGCGUAUGGUUAAGCUGUUCCACAAGAUUACAUACCCUGCCUAUUUCAAAUGGGAAAGUGAUAUUCCGCCGGUAAACCCAAAAGAUGGCCUAAAGUUUUAUGAGCUGUACGCUGUUGUUGUUCACAUCGGUGGUGGCCCACAUCAUGGUCAUUACGUUGCACUAGUGAAGACGCCAACUGAAGGCUGGCUGUUGUUCGAUGAUGAAAUAGUUGAAAAGAUUGACCAGGAGUUUGUCCUUAGAUUUGUCGGGGGAAACCCAGAUUUGGCAACUGCCUAUGUGCUGUUCUACAGG